GAUCAGCUGCCUCCAGGCACUGGGCCUGACCUCCGCGCAGCUGCAGAUGCUGCGGAGCUGGGCAUCGGAAAACAGCGUCUCGCUCAUUUUCUGUGCAGAAGAGCGGUGCAAGUUUCUUCGAGAAGAGUCCAGGGACAUCGAGGGCCCUCGCAGGGUGGAAGAGGUGGCAGUGGCUGGGGCCAGCUUCCCGGCCGAAGACGAACAGGAAUACGCCUGGAGCUUCAGCGUCCAAUACGAGCUCACAGCCUUUCGUGGUGUAGGUGCAGAAGCCGACGACCGGUUCGUCUUUAGGAGCCGUAGUGGAACGUCUGAGAUAAAGACACAAGGAAAGGAGCCACCUUUUCCCGAAGUGAAGGUGCACAAGCUGGAUCCAGUUAACGUGAGCUUCCUGUUGCGUUCGUUGCGAGAGGAUGCUCCUCAGUCGGCGGGCUUUAGCAUCUGCCGUGAGGAUGCCAAGUGCAGGACACCAACGCGCAAUUCUGAGGUAGAGGCCUCCAAGAAGCACUUUGCCCAGUUUCGAACCUGGGGUGAGGCCAUCAUCCACUAUCAGACUGAGAUGUGCCGCAAGAUCGAUUCCAAGAGCUUUGAAAUUCCGGUGACCGCAGAGGGCAUCUUCCAGCCUGUCCUUCCGCUCCUGGAAGAUCCGAACACGCAGGCUAUGGUCCAGGUCCCAGGCUCGGGCGAUCUGAUAGAUCUUGGCAGCCAAGAUCCGGAACGAGGUGCCACGCUCAGCCUCGGAGACGCGAACAGGUUCCUGCAGGAGGAAAGACGAUCCCUGGAGGCAAAGUUUGGGGAACUGGCCCAGGCCUUCCCUCAGUCCGGGUCUGUCAUCACCGCGGCGGAAGCGCAACUGGUCGUGACGACUUUGCACUGCCGUGACGUGUGUCGCCAAUACGACGAAUCAUUGAGAUACGUUGAGACCAUGCUUCGAAUUCAGCUGCAGGCAGCCAUUGGCAAGCAGGUUUCUCCGAAGGACUUUGCGGACUACAUGAGCUUUCACAGCCGGAAGCUCUUCGCUGACGCCUUCGCUCCCCAGCCUUUCUGCUUCGCCGUGAGACGCUCCGAGCUCCACAGCCCGGAAGGUACCGUCAGCAUCGAGACGGGGGCAGAACCGGUUCCAACGAUGGUGGCUCAAACAGAAGCCUCCUGGCCCAUGGAGUUCGCAUUGAAUGCCUCCUCCAGCGUUUCAUUUGUUGGCCAGCACUAUCUGCAUGCCUUCUUAUCGCAUCAGUUUAUUACGGAAGGCCUGUUUGGCUCCAGCAAACAGGCCUUCCGCCUGGUCUCUCGAGCUCGGCAGUUCAGCUCAAUGAUCGUUCUUGUUGGACGGGUGGUCUCUUCAACUACCUUUGACCCGAAGCAGGCCUUUAUUGUUCAGAACAAGGACGAGUUGUCCAUCGGCUUGGAGCUAUCGACCAUCCCGACUGCUCGCGAAUUCCGUGAUGCCAUCGAGUCACUCUCGCCGGAGCAGCAGAGGUUUGCGAAGGCGAUCCGCUCCAUGCAGCUGGAGAGCACGCUCUUUGGGCUGGUGAUUGUCCACAUCAAGCCCCAGCUGGAGAAGGUGCUUAACCUGCCCACUGACAGCCUAACCAAGGAGAUCAAGCUGACGCAAGACCUCAUGCAACUCUUCAUCAAGUACCAGAUUCCGAGCGACCUCCUCUCGUUCUCAGGUCCGCCGGAGGCCAGCGAAACGGAGCGGCUGGCCGCUGUCAAGGGCCAUGUCGAGGCCAUGCAAAGCAUGCUGUCGAUCUCCAAGAAGGAGGAGUUGGUCCAAAACUUCGCCGAACAGGCCUUCCAGGCUAGCGACGUGCCUCUAGGCUGCUUGGACAUGGACCUCUUCGGUGGAGUUCCCGCAAGCGCGCCCGUGCCGACGGGCAUGCCAAACCAGGCACCUGCAGCGGGUUUUUCUCCCUUCGGGAGCUCCUGGGCUCCAGCAGCUGCCGGAGCCCCUCCUGCCAGCACGGGAGGAGGCGGAUCCAUCUUCGGGUCGCAGGGCGGAGGAGGAGGUGGAGGGGCGCUUUGGGGGGGCUCCGGCCAAUCCCCUUUUGGAGGUGCAGCGUCAUCCGUGCAACAGGCGCAACAGGCAGCUCCAAGCAGGCCCGCUGUCCAGCAGCCACCUCUGCAGCCGGAUGAGCCCAUGGAGACUUCAACCGAAGCGCAGGACGAGCUGAUGACCAGGGACUACACAAAGCUCCCCAUUGAGCUGGACCAGCGCUUUGAGAAACUGGAAACAGGGGGCGCUCUCAGAGCAGCGAUCCUGACUUUGUCGCUUGGCUUCCAGCGGCGCUUUGCAUGGGGUUACAGUACCUUUCAAGAAAUGCGCGUGUCGAUCUAA